AUGGCUCGUACCAAGCAGACCGCUCGUAAGUCAACAGGAGGUAAGGCUCCUCGCAAGCAACUCGCCACCAAGGCUGCCAGGAAGUCAGCUCCCGCCACUGGCGGCGUGAAGAAACCUCACCGCUACCGUCCCGGAACAGUGGCUCUUCGUGAGAUCCGCAAGUACCAGAAGUCGACAGAGCUUUUGAUUCGCAAGCUCCCCUUCCAGCGGCUAGUGCGUGAAAUUGCUCAAGACUUCAAGACAGACCUGAGGUUUCAGAGUUCCGCGGUGAUGGCUCUGCAGGAGGCAGCUGAGGCUUACCUUGUUGGUCUGUUUGAAGACACCAACCUGUGCGCCAUCCACGCGAAGCGUCUAAACAUUGCAAACUCCAAGAAAGAGACGGAGAAGUACACAACCGCGCUCGUCGCCUGUGGCUGCGACAUUGAUGCCAUCGUAGCACUUCUCUGCCUCGAUGUGCAGGCUCUCUCACAAGCAGCAGUAUCCCUCACACACCACCACCUCUCUACUGCUGCUGACCCUGACGCCCUUGUGUUACACCUCGCCCACUCCUGUCCCCACACGUCCCCCACUGCCCCCCAUUUCUCCCCUUCCAACACCCCACUCUCCCUCGCCCUUUUCCCACACAGUAAUCUUCCCUGGUCCCCCGCUCCCAUUUCCUUCCCCGACACCCACCCUAAUCCUCCCUUUCACCAACGCCAACCCUCCGCUUCCCCCACGCACCUCCCUUUCCCGCACUGCUGCCCUGUCUUUCCCCAACUAACACCCCCCCUUUCCCCCAAUCCUACCCCCCCUCUCCCCCGCUCCUACCCUCUCUUUCCCCCACUCCACCUCGUCCCUCCCCGCACUCCCCCGGGCCUCUCCCCCACUUCCCCCCGUCCAAUCCCCAACUUCCCCUCUGAAACUUUCCCCACUCCUCCAGGGCCACACCGCCUUUUCGACCGUGCAUGCCCUACGCUCCCAACACGCCUCUUCGUGCGAACCAUGUCAUCGUCUCUCCCCCUCAUCCUUUCCCCCACUCCCCCCGGGCCUUUCCCCCACACCCCACCUGUCCAUUCCCCCACUCCCCCCCUGUCCUUUCCCCCACUCUUCCUCGCCCUUUCCUUCCAAUAA